GGCAUCUUUCGCCGUUCUGCCUGUCGCUCACGCCGGGCGCUCCGGUAUCGUGCCCUUUGCGCUUUGGCCGUCUUACGGUGAAUGCGCAUCUGCCCGUUUGUCUCGCCUUCAUCUUGCGACUCCCCUAGCUCUCCCCGCGCGGUCUCUUGUCGACGACGGCCGCUUCGAGCUCUCGUUUUCACCCAUCCAGUGCAGACUGGUUUCUGCUUCUUGUGUAGCCCUCGCGGCGGACCGCCUCAUACUCUUGGGAAGGAGGGAAGACAUGCGUAACGGUUGGCGGGCAUGUGGAGUCGUAACGGCUGGGGAAAAAAUCGAAUAUUCAGAAGCACACCUUGGGCCACACUGCGCCGCUCGUCGGUUGGCACUGUUGGUGUUGGAGAGCGGCGACGUAUCAAUUACAGUAGUUUCCGAAUUUCCAAUUCCAUCGGCUGUAGUUGAAUCCUUCUGCAACGGUCGACUCCGCCUCUGAACUUCUCGGUGGAUGUUAGGAUUCAGUGAUCGUGAGGCUCGGGACGAAGCGUGGGCGGGUGAAUCUGUCACCAUCGUCGAUUCUUCGAUGGCGGAAGCGAAGAAGGUAGUGAAAUGAUAUGGGCCAGAGCUCGGUAGUGAAUGGCACAACGUCGAGGCAGAUGAUGAUGAUGAUGUGGUGACGCGUGUGUAUCUUCGUAGGUGUGUAUUCACGUGUUGUGGUUAGCGGGAGGUUUAGUGGGUACGUGAGGCGGCGGGGUUUCCUAAUUGCUUCCUGGCGGGAGAGGGGUGGUGGUGGUGGAAGGGGGAAGAGAACCGUAAGAAAAUAAUUAGCAAGACUGGGGGGUGAAUGCUUUCGGCUGCCUCCUCUCGCCCUCGCACCAAUUUAUGGUCGGGUUAUGUGCCUGCCGCAUACGGUGGUGCCUCUAUGAAACUGGGUCAGGCUGAAAUUGGUGGCGAUUCGCGGGAUCAAUCUUGUUCAUCCCGGGGGCAAAAGAAAGGUGCGAUGGAGUAUGGAGAUGUGGUGGAGCCUGGCCCAUCGCUUGUGCAUGUGCAAGGGUGUGCGCUCGGCGGGAGAGGGGAACAAUGCGACUGUUGUAGAUUGCGGCGGCUUUCCGAGGCAGAAGCAGCUGCCGAAGCCGUGCCGUCGGAGGAGAGAUAUGCGGAGCUUGUCGGAGCGGGAAAGGUUCAGCGAGACGGUGGUGUUCUGUGUGUGGUGGAAUCGGGGAAAAACGUGCGCAGCUCAAGUGCGCGGCACGGUAAGGGAGAGGAAGGCGGUGGGGGACUUGUCAGUCGAGGGUGGGAAGCAGAUGCCCGACGAAAUCAGUAUUGCGAGCGCCAGAGCGGCCAGUGUUCAUGUUUUCCGUUUCCUGAGCGCGAAGGCAGUGGGGGUGUUAGGGAAAGAGAGAGGUGGAUAAAGGCUGAAGGGGGGAGGUUGGGGGAAAAAGGAGGAGGAGGAGGAGGAGGAGAUGGCAAACGAGAAUCCCCGUGGAGUACCGAAGGCGGAGGAGAGAAGGGUGGGAGACAGUGCACGAGAUUGUUGAAGGGAGUGCUGACUGGUUUGGCCAUCUUCGUGUUGGUGCAAUACUGCUUCUUGAAGAGUUCAGAGUACUUGCUAACCCGUGCGAAUGCGCUUGGACGGCAGUGCCACAAACCUCACGAUUACCGACAUUACGCUAUUGCCGAUGGUCGAUUCGCUAUGGUGACGUGUUCCGAUGGGGCAAGCACAAUUCCAAAGCGAUCUUUCAAAGGUCUGGCAGAGAUGGUGACACCGAACAAGGAAAAGUACGUGAAGAAGCACGGCUACGAUUUCAUCGAUGCGAGCGACCUUGUGGACAGACAUCGUCCGCCCAGCUGGAGCAAGAUUCUCGCCGUGAAGAAACACCUUCGCAGCUAUGAUUGGGUGUUCUGGACUGAUGCUGAUUCCGUCGUGACCAAUCCGGAGGUAACGCUUCAAGAGGUGGUUGCUUCGGUGAUCGCAACGGGACUGCCACCGUUGUCCCGAGGGAGAAAGGCGGCGACGAUAUCUGCAGCGGCCCUAGGGAACGUCGGCAUUCAGCAGCAGGACCAGUCGGAGGUGGACCUGCCCGAUUUCAUCGUGACGGAAGACCAGAACGGUGUGAAUGCGGGCAUGUUCUUCGUUCGGAAUUCGACUUGGAGCCAUGAAUUUCUGGAGCUGUGGUGGAGCCAGAGUAGGUUUGUCCGCCCAUUUGGCCGCUGCAAGAGUGGGGAUAACGAUGCUCUCAAGCACUUGAUUGCGACCAUGGACGAUGCGGAGAGGCGGCGCCACGUGCGGGUUCCAGUGAUGCAGUGUGCGUUCAAUUCGAAUCUUUGGCGGCCGUCGGUCGUGGGCAGCAAACGAUUGCUGUUGCAGACGAAAGCCGUAUGGAGGGGUGUGUUCGCGAAAGGCGAUUUCAUGGUGCAUCUGGCGGGAGUGGACAACAAGAAGAAGUACAUGUCGCGUGUGCUGCGAGAAUUGGAUCGGGAUCGGGAUGGGGAUCGGGCUACGGAGGUGUCUGCUGGACGGCGAGCACAGGGGUACAAGUGGCAACAAGACGAGCUUGGCGGAAGUCUGCACACGUGGAGAAGAAAAUUAGGUUCGUGUCCACUGUGCAACGACCAGGCCUUGUUAUAGUCCAGUCCUGCAAUGCUUGAAAUCUUUUAUUCCUUCUUCCUUCUUUCGUUCGUUGAUUGAUCCGACGAGGUUAUGAAUCAUUCUGCGAUUGAAUACGAUCUGCGAUUGAAUUCGACGUCGUCGAUCAGGUUAACUUGCAUAUAGUAUAUAUGGUGAGCGGAGAACGAAGAUUUUUAUCGUGUAAAGCUCUUUCAUAGGUAGUGAGAUUCUAUAUUCAGAAUUGCUUUUGGAUGUGUUAUCAGAUUUGAGGUACUUGAUCAGCGGGUAGGAAGAUAAGAAUGAAUAGAUAGAUCGAUUGAUAGAUAGACAGAUAGAUACAGAGUUGUAUCGAAAGAUAGAUCCAUAGAUAGAUGAACAGAGAAACUCAGACAUAUGUAGGUAGAUAGAUAGCUAGCUAGAUAGAUAGAUAGAUAGAUAGAUAGAUAGAUAGAUAGAUAGAUAGAUAGAUUAAGGAGUAGGGAGAUAGAUAGAUAGGGAGAUAAAGGAGUAGGGAGAGAGAUAGGAUGGGACGGCAGGUAAAUAUUGAUUUUGGAGGCGGUGUAGCUGCCAUUUAAGGAAUAUAUAUUUGCUUUGUUGUUGAGAUUCUUUCUGCCCAGGGGACCUGAAUUCGCGCCCUGAGCGGCGAAGGUCAUCAUAUUCAUUCGUUGUUAUUUUAUAUCGAUCGCUGCGCUCUCUGCUGACUGUGCAGCUCAGUUUCUCGGAAAUUGAAAUGUAUUAUGUAAUAAAUUCUUCUGCCAACGAUCCGCACGCUCUCGCAUGCUAUGUUUUUCCUCGCAUCCUCCCUUUGGGGGCUUUCCGGUUAACCAGCGUUUAAGGCUUCUUUUGUCGCUACGUUAUUACUGUAUUAUGGGCCUCGCUGCACUACUCUUGAAAGGUGCAAAACGAGAGUGAAUCUUCCGCUAGAACAUGGAAAGAUGCGGCGACAUGAUUUUUGUCUUUUGUGCAUUUCAAGAGUAGUGCAGCGAGGCCCUAUCUUUGUUCUAUCCAUGCAUGCCAGCGCAUGGUCGGCCUGGGGCUUGUCUAUUUUUGUACGCUCGUAUGGAAUGCUUCCCGCAUACCUCUACGGAUGUUGUCAUUCAUGGCGAUGCCGCAGAUUCAUAUUCUCUCGCCAAUUGUGUGCCACGUGGGCUCUACCCCGAUGAUGUGGUUAGCAGGUCGGUGGAUCAUCCGUGCUCGGAAGGUGCCUCUUCCCUAGGAAGCGAACGGUAUUUAAUGAGCCCUGACUAGGGCUGCCCGUGUAGUGGUUUUCGACGACCCUUCAGUGCCAAUCGGAAGUGGAGCCGUUUGUGCGUGUGUGUGUGUGUGUGUGUGUGUGUGUGUGUGUGUGUGUGUGUGUGUGUGUGAGAGAGAGAGAGAGAGAGAGAGAGGGAGAGAGCCUUCACGACGAGAAAGUGUGAUAAAAAAACGCGGAGGUAAUAUUUGUCGAGACUUCAGUUGAUUAGGUCGGGCUUAUGCUGGUGUAUGUACGAGAAGUGGGUGAAGACUUUCGAGGUAUGGAUGAUUUAUUAUUCUUUUUUGAGUUUUGCUUUUAGGGUGUGCUUUUGAGAACUUGGCGGUUGUUUGAAGCGAAAGAGAAAAAAGGGAGCUCGAGUUCCAGAAUCGAGACUGCGGGUCUCAGACGGAAUUUUACUGCAAAAUUCGCCUUGGAUUCACUGAAAAGCUUGUUAUGGGGAAUUGAAGGCUUUCUCUGCCGGAGAGGAAGUAUUCUUUCGGCGAGGAUGCUGUGGAUUUGUAGCGGAUUCUUCCUCUCUCUCUCUCUCUGACUUCUUUCGUUUUUUCUUUCUGGAUGAGGGUGUUGGCGUGGCAAUGAAUGGAACCUGCGGUU